UUGGACACUCCCGGCGCCCACGGUCGCUGCCUUCCCUCACGGAUGAGUUUUCCCGGCAGGUCUCCGGCCAUGUGCUCCCGCCAGGACAAGGACCAGUGCCAGCAGCAGGAGCGGCCCUCCUGCCACGGCAGCGGCUCCAGCUGCCACGGGAGCAGCGGCUCCGGCUGCCGUGGGAGCAGUGGCGGGUCUGGAUGUCACGGAAGCGCCGGAUCCGGCUGCCACGGGAGCGGUGGCGGAUCUGGGUGCCACAGGAGCGGCGGAUCCGGCUGCCAGGGGAGCGGUGGAUCCGGCUGCCAGGGGAGCAGCGGAUCCGGCUGCCGUGGGAGCAGUGGCGGGUCUGGAUGUCAUGGAAGUUCCGGAUCUGGCUGCCAUGGAAAGCCUCAGCAGUGCAAGCAACAAAUCUACCAAGUGCCCUCCAACAUGAAGUGAGCUCCCCAUGGUCUGCAGGCAAUCCACAGGGUCGCUGUGCCGCGCUUUGCAUGUCCCCGGCAUCUUCCAAGGAAAAUGUGUCCUUCCCUUCCCCUGGUGAAUCCUGUAAUCUGUCCCGAGCUUCUCUGCAGCUGCUGAAAUAAAAAAU